AUGGGGGAACCUAGUUCUUCUAGGGUUUACCGUACGAUUCAGCAGCCCAAUGCAGGCAUCAUCAAGAGACUUCGAUUGGAGAAUUUCAUGUGCCAUUCCAGCCACGAGACUGAGUUCGGAAACCACGUCAAUUUCAUCACUGGUCAAAAUGGAAGUGGUAAGAGUGCAAUCCUAACAGCGUUGUGUGUUGCAUUUGGUUGUCGAGCCAAAGGGACUCAAAGGGCUUCCACUAUGAAGGAUUUCAUUAAAACUGGUGCCAGCAAUGCUGUCAUUCAUGUUGAAAUUCAAAAUGAAGGAGAGGAUGCUUUUAAGCCUGAAAUAUAUGGUGAUGUUAUCGUUGUAGAACGUAGGAUAUCUGAAUCCACAAGCUCUACUAUAUUAAAAGACCAGCAAGGAAAGAAAGUCGGCAGUCGGAAAGCAGAUCUCCAAGAAAUUGUCGAACAUUUUAAUAUUGAUGUGGAGAAUCCAUGUGUAAUUAUGAGUCAAGACAAAAGCAGAGAAUUUUUGCAUUCUGGGAAUAACAAAGAUAAAUUUAAGUUUUUUUACAAGGCCACACUUCUUCAGCAAGUCAGUGAUCUUCUGGAAAGCAUUUGCAAUGAAAUAAUGAUUGCAUAUGGAAUAGUUGAAGAAUUAGAGGUUGCAAUAAGGCCUAUAGAAAAGGAGCUUAAUGAGCUGCAAGUUAAAAUUAAAGCUAUGGAACAUGUUGAACAAAUAUCCAUACAGGUUCAGCAGUUAAAAAAGAAACUUGCAUGGUCAUGGGUUUAUGAUGUGGACAAGCAACUUGUAGAACAAAAUGUAAAGAUUGAAAAGCUGAAGAACCGGAUACCUACCUGCCAAGCUAAGAUUGAACAACAACUGCAUCGGGUUGGAAAAUUGAGGGAAAGCUGCUCCCAGAAGAAAGUUGAAAUUGCAAGUAUGUUGGAAACGACAUCCCAAGUCAAGCAAGUGAAGGAAAAUUUAAGCCAGUCCGUGUCCAUGGCAACGAAAGAAGCAUUCAAACUUGAGCGAGAAUGCAAAGGUAAAAUUAGCAACAUACAGAAGAUGGUACUUCAACUUAAAAAGCUUGAACAACAAGUGCAGGAUAUUCAUGAGCAGUAUACCAAAAAUACUCAGGCUGAAGAAUCUGACAAUAAGGAGAAACUAAAUGGGCUCCAAGAUGCGGUUCUUGCAGCUGAGUUAGACCUGCAAAGUUUGAAAGAAGAGGAGGUUAUGUUAACCAACAGCAUACAUAGGCAAAAUGAUGAAAUCAAAAAGAUUGCUGAUAAGAUGCAAGAUCAUGAAAAUAAAUAUCGUGGUAUCUCGAAUCAUAUCCGUGAUCUUCAACAACACCAAAGCAAUAAGAUUGCGGUUUUUGGAGGAGAUAAAGUGAUGAAUCUUUUACAAAAAAUUGAGAGAUAUCGUCUAAGGUUUAAGAUGCCACCGAUUGGUCCAAUUGGUGCCCAUCUGAAGUUGCUCAAUGGUGAUAAAUGGGCGCUCGCCGUUGAACAUGCCGUUGGGAGAUUGCUCAAUUCUUUUAUAGUGACUGAUCACCAGGAUUUUCAACUUCUGAAACAAUGUGCUAAGGAAGCAAACUAUGGUCACCUUCAAAUUAUUAUUUAUGAUUUUUCAAUCCCAAGGUUGAUAAUACCACAUCACAUGCUUCCUGAUACAAAACAUCCAUCAACUCUUUCCAUCUUACAAUCCGAGAAUCAAACUGUGAUUAAUGUCUUAGUGGAUCAGGGAAAUGUUGAAAGACAAGUGCUUGUUAACGAUUAUGAUGCUGGGAAAGUGGUUGCCUUUGAACAAAGGAUCCGAAAUCUGAAGGAGAUAUAUACAGCAGAUGGAUAUAGAAUGUUUUCUCGAGGUUCAGUGCAGACUAUUCUUCCCCGAAAUAAGAAGCUAAGAUCUGGCCGUCUCUGUAGUUCUUUUGAAGAUCAGAUUGAGAAUCUUCGUAAUGAAGCAUCCGAUGAGCAAAAGGCUGCCAUUGACUGUAAAAGGAAUAAAAGAGAGGCAGAGAUCAAGAUUGAAGAUCUUGACAGGAAUCUGAAAUCUGUAAAGAGGCUUUGUGUAAAUGCAGGAAGAAAUUUUACUUCUAAGAAGCUAGCUUUGGAGGAGGCAAUGCAUCAGCAUGCAGCAGAAAAUACCUCAGCACCUUUGUCCUCUGUCGAUGAGCUUGUUGAAGAAAUUUCAGAAGUCCAGAAAAAAAUAAAAGAAGAGCAAGUCUUAUUGGAAGGCCUUCAGCAAAGGAGGGAUGAAGCAGCAGGAGAAGCAAAUGAUCUUAAAGUAAAAUUUGACAAACUGUGUGAAUCAGCGAAUGGGGAAAUUGCCGCCCUUGAGAACACUGAGAAUGAACUUGUGGAAAUUGAAAGAGAAAUGGAUUUGGCAAAAAAGGCGAAGGAUCAUUAUGAUGGUGUCAUGAAAAACAAGGUCCUUCUUGAUAUUAAGGUGGCAGAGGAACAAUAUCUGGAGCUUACGAAGAGGCGUGAGGAGAACAUUAAAAAGGCUUCCAUAAUUUGCUGUCAGGAUGAACUCGAUUCAUUAGGAGGUUGUGAUGGGAACACCCCAGAGCAAAUCAGUGUCCAAUUAGAAAGACUAAACCAGACACUUAGGCGUGAGAGCCAAAGGUACUCUGAAUCAAUUGAUGAUCUUAGGAUGCUAUAUGAGAAAAAAAAACGUAAGAUUAUAAAAAGACAGGAGGUUUACAAAGCACUUCGACAGAAAUUGGAUGCUUGCCACAGAGCCUUAGAGAUACGAAGGAACAAGUUUAAGAGAAAUGCAACUUACCUGAAGCAUCAGCUUUCUUGGAAAUUUAAUGGCCAUUUGAGAAAGAAGGGGAUCAGUGGACUUAUCAGAGUUAAUUAUGAGGAAAAAACCUUAUUGGUUGAGGUACAGAUGCCCCAAGAUGCAUCAAACAGAGCUGUGCGAGACACGAGGGGGCUUUCAGGUGGAGAGCGUUCUUUUUCAACAUUGUGCUUUGCGUUAGCCCUUCAUGAAAUGACCGAAGCCCCUUUCAGAGCAAUGGAUGAAUUUGAUGUCUUUAUGGAUGCCGUAAGCCGGAAAAUCAGCUUGGACACUCUGGUUGAUUUUGCCGAGGCACAAGGAUCCCAGUGGAUAUUCAUCACACCGCAUGAUACUAGCUCGGUGAAGGCGGGGGACAGGAUAAAGAAGAUGCAAAUGGCAGCUCCACGUUCUUGAUCGUUUGUAAUUUGCUUUCUUCAUGGCAAAUGGAAACUCAUUUAUGAAAGUGUUUUUCUUCUUUCUUUUUAUUCUAAAUCCUUAUCUUUCCUGGGCUUUAUCAUUUUGAAUAUCUGAUGAUUAUUUAUUUUAAAUUUAUUUUGUUGUGGUGUGUUUGUGAGCGCAUGCU